AUGUGCUCAGACAGGCUUUACACUGGCGACGAAGUCCGAUGGAAAGAGAGUGUUGUCGAAGCAUACUGGAACUUCUUAAUAACGUUCCAGUUUCCAAAGCAUGACAAUCCCCCAAGUUUAACGUGCCCCGACUGCAAUAAUACCGAACUAACGGGCUUUGGCAUGAAUGGUUCCGAAUAUUUUGUGCGAUCGUUGCAUAUGAAGCAUCAUAUGUUAUUGGCUCGAGGUCAGGUCACUUCUGUGGACGACUGGUUUUGCGAUGUAAACUGGGGAAAUUGUAAUACUUUAGUUCCGAAAGCUAUGUUGCGUUUGGCAGAAGAUCAGUGA